AUGGCGAAAAGUGCAACCGUGGCUGUAGAGCCAAACUUCCUGGCACAAAUGUUAGAUGCCAGUCUCGAUCCACGGCAGAAUAAAGAAGCCGAGUUGAAAAUCCGAGCCGAGGAGAAAAAAUCGGGCUUCUCACUGGUGCUUCUCCAAAUCACUGCUUCCGAUUCUUUUUCCUCAAAUACCAGACUGGCAAGUGCGCUAUUCUUCAAGAACUUCAUCAAGCGCAACUGGACGGACGAAGAUGGAAAUUACAAGCUUCCGGAACAAGAGGUCGCAUCUAUCAAGAGUGAACUGAUUGGUUUGAUGGUGUCGGUCCCCCCAAGCAUUCAGGCGCAACUAGGAGAGGCGAUCAGUGCUAUCGCAGACAGUGAUUUCUGGCAACAAUGGGAUACGCUGGUUGAUGAUUUGGUGUCCAGACUUACUCCAGACAAUCACGUCGUAAAUGCAGGAGUUCUGCAAGUGGCGCAUUCGAUCUUCUCAAGAUGGAGGCCCUUGUUCCGGUCGGAUGAGCUUUUCACGGAAGUUAACCAUGUUUUAAGCAAAUUUGCUGUUCCAUACAUGUCCUUGCUGCAGAACCUUGACGCCUGUAUCGAAAAGGACAAGUCGAAUAAAGUUGCCCUGUCGCAGGAUUUUGCCGAGUUAGAUCUUGCUGUGCAGCUUUUUUAUGAUUUGUCCUGCCAGGAUCUGCCCCCUCAAUUCGAAGAUGCAAUUCCUGCUCUGGCAGAUCUUCUACUCAAGUACUUACGAUUUGACAAUGAGCUCCUUCGCACAGACGACGAGAACGAAGCUGGACCGCUUGAGAGUGUGAAAGCAGGCAUCUUUGAGGGGCUAACCCUCUAUGUCCAGAAAUAUUAUGAUGCUUUUGGUCCACAUGUGAAACGCUUUGUGGAAAAUUCCUGGGAGCUGCUCACAACUGUUGGGCUUGAACCCAAGUAUGAUGUUCUCGUCAGCAAGGCGCUCAAUUUCCUAACCUCCACCACCUCUAACCCAGAGCAAGCGAAACCAUUCAACGACAACAACGUUUUGGCACAAGUGGUCGAUAAGGUCAUAUUGCCAAACCUAAGUCUGCGCGAUUCGGACAUUGAGAUGUUUGAAGAUGAACCAAUUGAGUUCAUCCGGCGAGACCUGGAAGGUUCGGAUAGUGAAACGAGACGGAGAGCCGCGACGGACUUCCUAAGAAAACUUAUGGAGCAGUUCGAAACACCAGUCACGACCGUGGUCUCAUCAUAUGUCAAACAAUACCUCGCUAUGUACUCCAAGAAUCCAAAGGCCAACUGGAGGGCGAAAGAUACUGCAGUCUACCUGUUCUGCUCGAUAGCGGCCAAAGGCACCCCAACAGCUGCCAGGGGAGUUGCCCAGACGAACAGUCUCGUCGAUGUCGGAGAGUUUUUCUCUAAUAAUUUGGCGGGUGACCUUACAGGCUCUAACAUUGAGCCUCUACUAAAAGUUGAUGCCAUCAAGUAUCUCUACAUAUUCCGAAGUAUCAUCACGAAUGAGCAAUGGCAGCAAGCGAUGCCCCUGCUAGUCAAUCGCCUUGGUGAUUCAAACUAUGUUGUCUACACAUACGCUGGGAUCGCCGUUGAGCGCGUCUUAUACCUCACAGAUGAGAACGGAAAGCCAUUGAUCGACCCUACCCACAUCACCUCAUUAUCUCAGGACCUGCUGGAGCAUUUGUUUUCGCUCAUUGAGCAAAGUGGACGGGCGGAGAAGAUUCAAGAAAAUGAGUUUCUCAUGCGCUGCGUGAUGAGGGUUUUGAUCGUGAUCAAGGAAGGUCUGUUGCCUAUAACUGAUGCCGUGCUGCAGCACCUUGUCAGCAUUACGAACAUCAUUUAUCGCAAUCCAAGUAACCCCAGAUUCUACUACUACCAUUUCGAAUCCAUUGGGGCGUUAAUAAGAUUUGCGGGUCCAUCAGAGGCUCUGAAAAUGCAACAAGCAUUCUUCAGCCCUUUUCUCGUCAUUUUGCAGAACUCAGUGGAAGAAUUCAUGCCUUACGUAUUUCAGCUCUUUGCUGCUAUGCUUGAGGUGGAACCUGCGAAGCCUUUGCCUCAGCCGUUUCAAUCACUGAUUCCGCCCAUCAUUGCACCUCCCAUAUGGGAACAGCGGGGGAAUGUGCCCGCCUUGGUGCGGUUGCUGACAGCAAUCAUUCCCCGUGCUGCGGAAGAUCUAGCCCAAAGCAAUCAAUUAGAGGGAGUCCUCGGAAUAUUUCAAAAGCUGGUCUCUACUAAAAUCUACGAAAGCCAUGGUUUCGACCUGCUAGAAUGCGUCAUUGACAGUUAUCCACCGGCUACUCUAGAACCUUAUUGGAUCCAUGUCAUCACAAUCAUGCUAACUCGUUUGCAAAGCCAGCAAAGUACAGCUUUUCAUCUACGCUUCGUUCGCUUCUACCAUUACAUAGCCUCACGCGAUGACAGAGGUCUGGGAACAGACUUCUUCGUCGCGGUGACAGAUAAGGUGCAGCAUGAUGUUUUCAGAGGCCUCUACUUGUCCAUUGUCCUACCGAAAACUCAACAGCUUACCCGACCUCUUGACAGGAAAACCGCAGUUAUCUCCUUCACCAAAUCACUUGCCGACUCAGAAGCAUUCGUGACUCGCUACCCAAAAGGAUGGCCGCACACAUGCAAUGCUUUGUUGAAGCUUCUCGAGGUUCCACCCCUGCCAUCGAAACGCGAGGACAUGAUUACAGAUCAUGAUGUAGAUGACAGCAGCUUUGGGGUUGGCUUUACCCAACUACAGACCAUCAGGAAACCUAUCAACGACCCUUGGGCUGAUGUGAUGGACUUGAGGAAGUGGGUUGGUCAGUAUUUACAGGCUGCGGAUAGGAGGCAUUCUGGUCGCAUAGGAAAGUUUGUGAACGAGGGUUUAUCGGAGGAUGCCAAAGGGGUCCUUUCGACGUACAUGCGUCUUUAG